CCGCGCGCGCCUCCGUCUCCUGCUUCAGUUCGCAGACUCGCUGCUGCUGCUUUGUUGUGUCGAGCCGGAGGUCCCGCAGUCCGACCCGCAGUCCGCCCCGCAGUCCGCUCUCCACGCGCACAGGACCCCCAGAGGACCCGCACAGGACCCGCAGCUUCGAACCCCACAACAGCCGGCAUCAUGGGGAAAGGCUGCCUGACCGCGACCAAGUACUUCCUGUUCCUCUUCAACCUCAUCUUCUUUCUCUGCGGCGGCGUCAUCAUGGGCUUCGGUCUGUGGCUCCUGCUGGACAAUCAGAGCUUCAUCGUGGUCCUGAAUAACUCCACGGCUGUAAAGGUGGCGUGCUACAUCCUGAUUGGAGUCGGGGCCUUCUCCAUGCUCAUGGGCUUCCUCGGCUGCUUGGGGGCCAUCUAUGAGAUCCGCUGCCUGCUCGGCCUGUACUUCACCUGCCUCCUGCUGAUCCUCAUCGCUCAGGUGGCAGCCGGCACGCUCAUCUACUUCCAGAAGGAUGUGUUACACGAAGAGACGUCCAAGAUCGUCACCAAGGUGCUGGACGACUACCCCGGCAACAACUCCACCACGGAGCAGGCCUGGGACUUCAUCCAGAGGAAUAUGAUGUGCUGCGGCUGGACCGGCCGGCUGGACUGGAGCGGCAACAUGGUGAUCGUGAACAGCUCCCAGCUGCUGUUCCCCUGCUCCUGCCAGAACGUCUCGCUGGCCUCCGGGAACUUCUCCGACAGCGGCUUCUGCGAGGCUCAGACGGCCGACUGGCCCGUCUACGACGCGGGUUGCGCCGCCAGCGUGGAGAGCUGGCUCCUCACCAACAUCGGGGUGGUGCUGGGCAUCUGCUUCGGAGUGGCUCUGAUUGAGCUGCUGGGGAUGAUCUUGUCCAUCUGCUUGUGCAGGAACAUUCACACAGAAGAAUACACCAAAGUGCCCAAGUACUAACUGGUUGAACUGGUUGAACUGGUUGAACUGGGCAGAGAAAGAGAGGAAAUAAGAGGAAAAUAAUGCGUUUUUGUGUCCCUUCCCUGUAUUUUGUCCAAAUGUAAAAUAAUUAGUCUUUGCUUUAUAUUUUCGUUAGAUUAUUCUCCUUUUUUUGAGCACUUUAGAGACUCUUUGGAUCAGAGAGGCGUGCUGAACGUGUUUUUGAUUUUAAAUAUAUUUUAGAGGAACUCGUUGGCGUUCGGUGUGCAAGAGACGGAUUCAUCUGUAAAUGAUCACUUUGCGGUUUUUUAGGAAAAUCCACCGUGAGGUGUGUUUUUUUUUUUUUUAAAUUCUUUUUAAAUACACCAGCGUUUUGAGUUAUUGUGAAAUUAUUUUAGAACUUUUGUAUAUAAUUUUAGUUAUUUGUGUGAAUUUGAUUCCCAUAAAUUCUGCCAGGGUUUUUCUUGAGCAGCUGGUUUUAAAGUCAGUGGUUUGCUUGAUUUUUGUUCUGGAAAAUAAUAGAAAUAAUGAGAUACUAAAGAAGAUUUAUGAUGCUUGUUUUUUUUUUUUAAAGCAUCACUCCCAGUUUACAAUUGUCUUUGACGACAAGCGAGAGAACGUUUUUCCUUUUUUUUUUAAAGGUAGCUUUUAGUUUAUAUUUUAUCCACUUUAAUGAGGAAAAAAAACAGUUUAAGGAGUGAAAUAUGUGGAAAAGCGGACAAUUAUUUUGAAGCAGAAGACAUAUUUUUGGGGGGAGAUCCAUCUUGGAAAUUUGUUUAUAGAGGCAAAUCAUUUGAAAUUCAUUUAUGUACAAUUUUUAACUUUAAGCCGAGAUUUUGUGGUGUUUUUAUAAUGUACAAAAUCCACCUUUCUGUUUUUUUUCCUUUGAUGUACAGUGUAUGAAAAACAUCCCAAUAACCGUAUAAUAGUUUCUAAAACAGACGUUUGUCUCUAGACGGACUUCUGGUAGCUGGAUUAGUACGUUUGUAACAUUCAUUCUUUCAUUUUGCCAAUAAACUGAUUACAGCAG